AUGCAAUUGCCGAUAUGCCCUGAUCGGAAGAGAAAGCAAAGGGGAAACAGAAACAGUUCCAUUAUGGAAGGUCAGUUCACUCGGAGCAAAUCUCAGAUCUAUUUGCAUUGUAACAGGUCGGGUCGAGUUCGGGCUGAUUCGACCCGAUUCAAGCGCUCUGAGCACCAGCUCCGGCAACUAGAUCCACCUGUGAAGAAACUCAAAAGAGUACUUGUACAGAAUACAGAAGUUUCUUCGGAUCUCUGUGAAAUGUCAAGGACACCUAUUAAGGAUCUUCGUGCUCGAAGGGUGUUCUCUCCAGCUGCUUCUGUUGUUAUAGAUAAUGAUGAGAAUUUGAAGAAAAGUGAAUCCAUGUUGAUCGAGGAGAAAAAUGGAGUUGGGUUUGAGCUAAAUGGUGAUAAAGUUGAUGAAUGUGGGGUAAAAAAGUGUGAUGAAACUGUAGGAACUGAGAGUAAUGGAAAUAUGGGUGGUACUGGUCAAAAUUCGAUUGAGCUUUCUAGCGGAAAUGUGUCCAUUCCGAAGACUAAUUCAGUUGUGAGUUCGAGUUUGCGUAGGAAGGUGUUCAUAGCUCCAAGCUCAUAUAGCUACAGAAGAUUGCUGCCAUAUUUGAUGGAUGCUUCGAGAGACUAUUCUGAUGUUUCAGAAAUUGAGACACGUGAUACAUCAUCCAAGCUCAACAAUCCAACUUCGAGUUAUCUGAAACCUCAUUUACGAUCAGUGGCUAGUAAUGGUUCUUCUGCAGACAAACUUGUUGGUGUGAAUUCUGAUGUCAGUAAGACACUAGGGAGUGUUGAAGGUCAGAAGAUUGAGGUCAAUGUAUCAUGCAACCUGCAAGAUCUCAAUGAUGUCCCUGAUGUUUUGUCCCAGACUCGGGUAGAGCCUCAAGUGUCUGCCAAUGUGGAAGGACUUGAUCCCGAGGCAUUGGAAGAACGUGUCCAGACAACACCACCUGAUGCUGACAUUUUCUUAAAAGCUAAAGCGAGUGACUUGGGAGUCAGCAUAGAUCAUAAUGUGCAGCAUAUGGAGAAAAAAACUGCAGGUCAUCCAUCAGAUAGUAGAAAUGGCUACGUUGUGAAGAAGUCUACUUUGACUCCCCGGAAAAAUGGCAGUGUUUCGAGAAACAAAUUGGCUCUAAAUCCUUGCUCUAGGCUGACGAAGGUGUUCAAAGCAGCAGGCUCUGUUAGCUACAGAAGAUUGCUUCCAUUUCUGAUGGAUGCUGCGAAAAAUGAUCCCGGAGGUGCUUCAAGUGAAAAUGGACUUCCUAAAUUUCGGAUGGACUUGGAGUGCAACCAACCUUUGAUCUCUGCGAACAUAGAAGUUCCUAGGAACAAAGAAUAUUCUCCCAAGAAAGAUAAAAUUAAAGAACAAGAGACAAAGUUAUUGGAACCAAACUGCACCUCAGCUAAUGACGUGGGUGAUUACUUGAACACUUGUAUCGCUGUGGAAGUUUCAAGUUCUGCUGCUCAAUUGUUCAAUGAGAUGCCAAGUUCGGUGUUUCCUGAUGAUGAUGCCAAUUCCCAGACACAACUUAAUGUGGAGAUUACAAGAAAAUCAGAAACAGAGUGUACUGAUACAAGUUAUACAGAAAAACCAGAACCAGACUGUCUCAAUAAUGUUAGUACUGGAACAUAUUUUUCUGGAGUACCGUCAAGCUCAAAUGUAAAUCCUGAAACUUCAACUGGAGAAUAUAAUGUGUCUAUCCCAAACCUCUUGCCAUUCAGUCUUGAAAGUUUGCUAAGUGAAUAUGGAGUAGAGGAUACAAAAGAAGAGCCUGUUAGUCCUGAAGGAGAUCGCAUGACUUUGGUGGUAGAUUGCAAUGAAGAAAAUAGGAAUUGUGGUGAUCUGACUGGCAGUGUAGGAAUUCAUGCAAAUGCUAGUGAGUCUCUAAAGAAGGAGCUUUUCCUCAAGAUACCUAUCAAUAAUGAAAGCAGCUGUGAUGUUUUGCUGGUAGAUAGCAAUGCAGACAGUGGAGGGCUCGACACAGUUGCUUUGAUCAAAGCAUCUUCUUUGACUGAACCAUCAGAUCUUUCAGGAUAUGGUAAUGAUGGUCCUAGUAAAAUCAGUGAGACCAUUCAAGAAAUCUCACAAUCUGAGCCUAUUGGUUGUCCAUUAGACUGCAUAGGUGUUGAUGAUAAUCUAAACAAAAAUGGAUGCCUCGAACCAGCUAUUUGUCUCCAGAAAUCAACUCAUACUGAAUCAUCAAAUGAUCUGGUUACUCAUCUUGAUGUUCUCAAUAAAGGGAUAUUAAAGAGAAAUCCUAGGGGAUGCAGAGGUCUGUGUAACUGUCUGAACUGUGCAUCAUUCCGCCUGCACGCUGAGAGAGCUUUUGAAUUUUCUAGAAAUCAGAUGCAAGACACUGAAGAAGUUUCUCUGGGAUUGCUGAAGGAGUUGGCUGAUAUGCGGAUUUUCUUGGAGAAACACCUUUCUACUGAAAACAACCUUGCUCCUAUCCCACUUACUCAGCUUGAGGUUGAAGAAGCAUGUGCAAAAGCAUUGGAAGCAGAACAACGAGCAAAAGAGCGCCUUAGCCAAAUGAAUAACGAACUCACCUAUCACUGCAGAGUCCCGCCCUUGUACCGGCCAAGAGUGACAUUUGCCACUUGUAUUGAAGAAAAAUCUAUUGCAAAGAUAGAAUCAUCUAGUUCAAGACCUGAGAAUGAAGAUAUCAAAGCAGGGACAAAACGUAGCCGAAAGAAGCAUGACUGAGCGUAGUUCCUUGCUUGUGUUAUCAAAUUUGACUUGUAGAUAGAUGACAUUGUCCAGAAAUA